CCAAAAUCUAGUGUGUUUGAAUUUUUUCUGUCACAGAAAGAGCUGAGCUGAGCUGAGAGCCCCUUUGAUUCUGAGUUACGUACGCUACUUUCUUCCGUGUCUCACUUUCUCAUCUUUCUCUUCCGCUUCUGAGUCUGAAUCUAAUGUUCUUCUACUUUCAGACUUUUUUUUUCUUUUUUGCUUUUUGUAUACACCUAUAUAUGUUUAUUAAAAUCCUAAAUUUUGAUCUCAAUAUCGCUAUAUUAGGUAGUCUUUAAUGUUUAGAAGUCUCAGAUUUUAGUUUCCCAAAUCAGUUUUAGACAUAAAAUCAGCUAUCUACGCUUUCUUUGCUUUGUUUGACCCUAUAAAUUAUGGAUUCAAGCUUUGAUUUCGUAAACGGUUUUUCUACUAAGUCGCCAAAUUCUGAGGAUCAGUUCUCAAAUCUUAUAAACGAGUACACAUUCAAUCAACUCUCUCCUCCUCCUACAGACCUUAAAUUCCUCGAAAGUACAAAUCUUUCACCUGAUCUUGAUCUGGAUCCCACUGGUUUUGAGCCCUCCAUCACCACCACCAUUGGUCCAGAGGGUCAACCAUAUGAUCCACCACAUGUUGUUAUUCUGCCUUUGUCGCAGGAAGAUUCCACGUUGUCCCCGGACGACAGUGAUUUCUCUGAAACAGUUCUCAAGUACAUAAAUCAGAUUCUCAUGGAAGAGAACAUUGAAAACAAGCCCUGCAUGUUUUAUGACCCUUUGGGUCUAAAAAACACUGAGAAAUCUUUCUAUGAUGCUCUUGGUCAAAAAUACGACCCUCCUUCACCAAAUCAAAAUAGCGUUGAGAGUCCUGUGUUUUCUUCAAGCAGUGGUGAUUAUGGUACUACUAGUACUAGUAAUUCUGGCACUGUCAAUGAUUCUCAGGGGCUAAGUGAUCAUGGAGAGCAUAACUACCAACCUUCUUCUUCACCGCCUCCUAAUCUGGGUGAGUAUAAUGCUGUCCAGUCUAAAUUCAAGCCCACUGAUCAUAAAUCACAGUUUUUGGGGAAUUCGUCAAAUGGUAGUGUGAAUUAUUUGGGUGAUGGGAUGGAGGUUAUGGCUCAGAAUAUUUUUACUGAUAGUGAGUCGAUAUUGCAAUAUAGGAGGGGGUUAGAGGAAGCUAGUAAGUUCCUUCCUAAGAGUAAUAAUUUGGUUAUUGAUUUGGAGAGCAACACAGUUUCUUCUUCUGAGUGGAAGGGAGAGGAUGUAAAGGUGGAAUCUUUGGUGGUGAAGGGUGAGAAAGAGAGUGAUUCGCCGGAUGGGUCAAGAGGGAGGAAGAAUCGUGAGAGGGAAGAGAUAGAAUUAGAAGAAGGUAGGAGCAAUAAGCAGACGGCUGUUUAUGUAGAGGAGGAUGAGUUGUCAGAUAUGUUUGAUAAGGUUUUGCUUUGUACUGAUGCACCGGCUUCAAUGUGCGGUGAUGAUUGGGAACCUUUGCAGAAUGGUGCAAGCAAGGCCUCCUUGCAGACACGAGGAGGUAAUGGUGGGAAAGGUAGUCGUAAUAAGAAGCAGGGCAAGAAGAAGGAGACAGUUGAUUUGAGGAGUCUUUUGAUUCUAUGUGCACAAGCUGUCUCAGCAGGUGAUGGUAGAACUGCUAAUGAGUUAUUGAAGCAGGUUAGGCAACACUCAACCCCUUUUGGGGAUGGGUCUCAGAGAAUGGCUCAUUUCUUUGCUAAUGGUCUUGAGGCACGCUUGGUUGGCACUAAGGUAGGAACUCAAAUUUUUUACACAUCAAUGAUUUCCAGGAGGGUGUCAACUACUAAAUUGUUGAAAGCUUACCGAGUUUAUCUUUCGGCCUGCCCUUUUAAGAGGAUCUCACUUUUCUUUGCUAUUAAAAGUAUUUUGCAAGCAGCAGAGAAAGCAACUACUAUUCAUAUUGUAGAUUUUGGUAUCGAAUAUGGUUUCAAGUGGCCACUUCUUAUUCAGUUUCUCUCAAAAUGUAGACGUGAAGGAGCUCCGAAGCUACGCAUUACAGGGAUUGAUCUUCCCCAACCUGGAUUCCGCCCGACAGAGAGCAUUGAGGAGACUGGUCGUAGAUUGGAAAAGUACUGCAACCAGUUUAAUGUUCCUUUUGAAUACAAUGCUAUAGCAUCACAAAACUGGGAAACUAUUCGAAUUGAGGAGCUUAAGAUAGAAAGGAAUGAGGUGCUUGCUGUGAAUUGUGCAUUUCGGAUGAAGAACCUACUUGAUGAAACAAUUGAAGGGACUAGUCCAAGGAAUGCAUUUUUAAACUUAAUCAGGAGAAUGAAACCUGACAUAUUUGUUAAUUCUAUUGUUAAUGGGUCCUUCAAUAGCUCCUUUUUUCUCACGAGGUUUCGAGAAGCACUCUUCCAUUACUCUGCAUUGUAUGACAUGUUUGAUGUUACUAUACCCCGUGACAAUCCAGAGAGGUUGAUGUUUGAGAGAGAGUUCUAUGGGAGGGAGGCUAUGAAUUUUAUAGCACAUGAAGGGUUGGAGAGAGUUGAGAGACCUGAAACAUACAGGCAGUGUCAAGUCAGGAUUUCGAGGGCUGGGUUCAAGCUACUCCCGUUGAACCAAGAGCAAAUAAGUCGCUUCAGGGCUAAGAUGAAGGCAUGGUACCACAAGGAUUUUAUUCUUGAUGAAGACAACCACUGGAUUCUUCAGGGAUGGAAGGGCCGGAUUGUCUAUGCUUCCUCUUCUUGGGUGCCGGUUUAGGAAUCAUGUAAAAAAUCUUUCUUUCUUUCUUUCUUUUGGGGUUUUUGAAACUAGAAAGUGACAAAGGGUGUACUUCAGAUAGAUGAUAGAUGAUAUUACAAUGCCA